AUGUCUUCCAGCACAGGCGAGCCCAACAAGUCCACCGGCCAGUACCACUCCCUUAAGGGUACCGUCGUCGAGACUGUCGGAAACGUCACCGGCUCCGAGUCCUGGCAGACGUCGGGCAAGCAGGAGCACGUCCAGGGCGAGACGGAGUACAAGGCCGCCCAGGCAAAGGGCUACGCCGAGGGCACCAUGGACCGCGUCGGCGGCAAGAAGGACGCCAUCGUUGGCGCCGUCACUGGCGACCGCCAGCAGGAGGUCUCUGGCAACGCCCGCCAGGACAAGGGACAGGCCCAGCAGAAACUCAACGAGUAG